AUGUUGAUCAGCCCAAGAUCAACAUGUACACGCUGUACACCUGGUUAUGCUGUCUCGGGCACCGCUAUUGUCAUUUGCUCGAGGCAUGCACUUAUACGAAGAAAUGGGGCAGGUGACCUGCAGAAGGGCAAGAAGUACAUAUUCCCAGUAGUAAAAAAGGAUCCUGCUAAUUUCUUUGUGGAUAGAUAUUGUAACGUUGAUUUCAUCAUUUUUGCCACACUUGUCGGCGUCAUGUUACCCUGGAUUUUCAUCACAUACGACAUUGGCUGCCAAUGGUCAAAGAACUUCCGAAGUCAUAUGUCUGAAUUCCCAGAGCACAUGAGGCUUCUGCCAAGCACGAAGGUCGAAGUUGCUGUACCCAGCUGGCACAUCACCAUCCAUGGAAAGAGGUGCCAGAAGGACUUUUGCUUGGGCUAUAUGAAGGGCGCUGGUAGGACGUGUGGCAAGGAGGUCAAAAUCACAUGGUCAAGCAUGAAUUCUCUUGCCCUGAGCGUGCGAGAGAUGGCACCUGGGGCUCGCCAUGAUACAUUGAACGAUCAAUGGAAUGGCUGGAAUUUUCGCAAGAUCAUCAGCUUCCUCAUUCCAGGUACACUAUUUGCGAAACAUUUUAAAGAAGCAGCUCUCAUGAAUAAGAAACAGAUGGAGAUAUUUGAAAAAUUCUCGUCAACAUUCCCCCCUGAGACCGUUGUCAAACGGGAACAAAUGGUUGUCUGCUGGGAAGAUGAUCCGAAGGCUCCGAACCCUUACGAUGAACCUGAGGCCAUGACCACUCUCCAGGACAUGCGGCUUCAAUUGACACAAAAGGAGAUGCUUGAACUUGCAUCUGGUCGUAAGCCAAAGCACAAAGUUACUAUGAUGGGUUAUUUCUCAAUGGGCUUUGAUAUUGAAGAUCAGCAGUUUGUCCUAAAAGUGGAAAUCUCACGAUUGAAGGGGAAGAAGACCAGCAAACAGCUCGCCGAUCUCGAGGAGAAGAAGAGCACCCUCAUCCGACAUAUCCAAAUUUGGAGACCGAUUCAACUUGCUUACACCCCUCACGUCGCCACCCUACUCCCUUCACUACACACGGUUGAUGAUGGAGGGUUCCACUAUGCAAACCAGAGUCGACAACACUUUUUUUCCCUUUGUUGCUUCCACCUGAGAUAUGUCAACUUCCUGACUCUGGACCCCGAUGGUGCAUGGAAAGACCGUCUUAAGGAGCUGAGGCCCACAGAUCUUCGGGGUCCUGGCAGAGAUCCUGACAACCUGGAAGACGCGAAGACAUCUAAUGAAUGGGCGCAAACAAGAGCACGUAUGUCCCAUUGGGGUGAGGAGCUUUUGAUUCUUCAAGAGGAGAUGCGGAGAGUGCUGGCGUUCUUCGAAUGGAAGGCUAUAUGGUGGUUAGAACAAGGUAAUCGAAGACAAGGUCUUGAGCCAUCAGUCCAUAUUGGUAUCGUCGCGUAUGCCCAUAAGCAAGCCACUAUUUGCUCACAUAUGGCUGCUCGAUGUGCCACAUACUGGUUACCGGUGAUGAAGCAUUACAGUAUCAUUCCAACUUGGGCUGAAAGGUACAAACACAAACCAGGGACUCCCCUGGCUGGUGAUCCUUCUGAGUCUUCAGACUCAGACUCAGACUCUGAGCAUGAGGUACAUGGUGCAGACAAAAAGUCAGAUGUUGGUGAACCAAAUGUAGAUGAUAUUUUUGACUUGGAUUAA